AAAUAUAAAGUAGCUAGUGUAGCCGGCGAGGUCCUCUCCCCUCAGUCUUCUUCCUCCUCUGCCUUGUUGCUACCAGUUGGAUCCAUGGAGCAGAGCCAGAUGGCCAGAGUGAAGCUUGGCACGCAGGGCCUCGAGGUGUCCAGGAUCGGGUUCGGAUGCAUGGGUCUCACCGGCGUGUACAACGAUCCGGUGCCGGAGGAUGCUGGCGUCGCCAUCAUACGGCGCGCCUUCGACGCCGGCGUCACCUUCUUCGACACCGCCGAUGCUUAUGGGCCACACACCAACGAGGUCCUACUUGGAAAGGCACUAAGGCAAUUGCCUCGUGAAAGGGUUCAGGUGGCCACCAAGUGUGGCAUUGCAGGGUUCGAUGCCGGUGGCCUGUGUGUGAAGGGCACUCCAGAGUAUGUGCGUGCGUGCUGCGAAGCAAGCCUCGAGCGCCUGGCUGUCGACUACAUUGACCUAUAUUUCCUGCAUCGCAUUGACCAGUCGGUGCCUAUAGAAGAAACUAUGGGGGAACUGAAGAAGCUGGUUGAAGAAGGGAAAGUCAAGUAUGUUGGCUUGUCUGAGGCUAGUGCCGAUACCAUUAGACGGGCACAUGCAGUUCAUCCGAUCACCGCAGUGCAGAUGGAGUGGUCACUAUGGACCAGGGAUAUAGAGGAAGAUAUUACCCCACUAUGCAGGGAGCUUGGUAUCGGAGUUGUUCCAUACAGCCCACUUGCUCGUGGUUUCUUUGCUGGCAGGGCAGCCGUAGAGAGCAUACCAUCAGGGAGUUUACUGUCCAAACAUCCUCGGUAUACCGGAGAAAACCUGGAGAAGAAUAAAGUCCUGUAUACACGACUUGAAAUGUUGUCCACCAAGUAUGGCUGCACACCUGCUCAACUUGCUCUUGCCUGGGUUCUUCAUCAAGGGGACGAUGUCGUUCCAAUCCCUGGGACAACAAAAGUGAAGAACCUUGAUGAUAACAUCGAGGCUGUAAAGGUAAAGCUGAGCAAGGAAGACCUGGAAGAAAUCUCAGCUGCUGUCCCCGCCGGCGACGUGGCUGGGUCCAGGGUCAUUGGAAUCCUGGAGCCUUAUUCUUGGAGGGUUGCAAACACUCCACCUCAAAUGUAGCCAUGUUACCGCCUUAUGCUGAAUUUGUUUCCACCUUGCUGGAUACAAAAAAUAAGUACAUUCAAGGGGGGAAAUGUGAAUGAAUCAAGCUCAUCCAUACUCAACAAUAGGGAAACAUUGUUCCUGAAACAGCAGAUGCCAUUGAUUUUCCGUGGGAUGUAUCAACUGCUACACAUGAUAAUGAAAGGUGGCGCCAAAUUCAAGUGAAA